AUGGAGCAACCGAUCGAUAACAGUCAGGCAUUUCUAAAGGUGUGGAAGGAAGCAUGUGAAUGGAAGGGAAGGGCUAGGGUUUUGAUCCCGCCAGGAUCAUACAAGGUGAACUCAGUGAGAUUUGAGGGUCCAUGCAAGGGCUGGGUGGGUGUCGUGAUUGGAGGGUUUCUCAAGGCUCCUGCUGAUCCAUCCAUGUUCUCAACCGAUAGUUGGAUCAACUUCCGAUAUGUAGACCUUUUGACAGUCGGUGGUGGCGGCACCUUGGACGCCCAAGGCCAAGUAGCUUGGGGCCUCAAUGACUGCAGCAAGAAUUCUAAUUGUCCUAGGCUACCUACUACAUUGAGAUUUGAUUUUGUGACCAACGCACGGAUUCAUCACGUGAGGUCCAUGAACAGUAAGAACAACCAUAUUGUGCUUUUCGGCUGUGAGAACGUGAAUACGAGUCAUAUUAGAAUAUCGGCUCCCGCUGACAGCCCCAACACCGAUUGGAUCAAGAUUAGAAGCUCUCACCGUAUCGGAAUCUCUCGUUCCACAAUUGGUACCGGCGGAUGA